AUGCAGUCCAAGACCUUCAUACACCAGCUGCACGCUAUCCUCCAGCGGCCAGACCUCGAACGCUGGAUCCACUGGACAGACCUCGAGUCUGGCGUGGAUCCCUCCAGCCACCGCAACGGCCGCGUCGACCCAGCAUCCUCCAACCCGGCAGCGUUCGCACUCAGGCCCCACGAUCCCGGGUUCUCCUCCAACGUGCUCAGGCGUUUCUUCAAACACGGCAACGUCUCCAGUUUCGUGCGCCAGCUCCACAUGUAUGGCUUCCACAAGAUGUCCACCACCCCUCCUCCUUCUGCACCUCUCGCAGCAGAAGACCCCACCGCUCUUGUCUCCAAGGCCGAGAAGAGCUCUAUCGUUUGGAAUUUCGCACAUCCCUCCGGUUCCUUUUGUCGAAACAGUUCCAUGCUCGAACUCAAUCGCAUACAGCGCAAGAGUGGCGGCGUCGGCAAAAACGGCAAACGCAAGAACGUCCUGUCGCCCGUUUGCAUAAACUACGUCGACUCCACCUCCAAUACCGUAAUCAACCCCACCAACACCUCCAACGUUAAUUCCGCCCCGAUUACCAGAACAGCCUCCAGUCUCUCCGAGCACCAUCACCAAUCACCACUGCCGAGCCUCAAACCUUUGAACAUACCGAUACCUGAUGAAAACCCGAGGUCUCCUCCUUCCCCGCAUGAUACCGCCUCCAGGAAAAACUCACAAGCCUCUACGGAUUCCGUACCUCAACUUCCCAUGAGCUUUCCUGGAGCAAUCCUACCCACUACUACUUCGAACUUGAACCUACAACACUUUCAAAGCAACAUCAACCUCAUACAACGCAGUAUGAUCACCAUACUCGAUCUACUACAACAAAUUCCUACGGCUACCCCCACCGAGAGCGAAAAUAUCUCUGCCACAUUGCAGGCGUUACGGAACGAAAUUAUCACCGCAGACACCAAAUGGACUCACCUACGAUAUCCAAUGUUAUCGGCACAUUCAAGUUUCAGUAGUGCAGGCUCAUCCAUCUCCCAACCAUACGCUCCAUGCGGAAGUAGGUUCCCCAGUUUAUCCACUCAAAAGAACUCUGUAUUCAGCAACCCUCGCUUCAGCAAUGUUAGUAACGUAAGAAGCUCUGCUACAUCGUAUUGCGGCUCAACAAGUCAACCGGGUAGCAUGGAUAAUUGGGGACCAGGGCAUAUUCACAAGAAGAAGUAG